GUCCCGGUGCCGGCCAUGCUGCGCCUCGCGCCCUUCGCCGCCGCCCGGUGCCUACCGGCGGGGCCCCGCCUCGGGCCGCUGUGCCUCGCCGGCAACUGCGGCAGCUUCGCCCGGUCCCGGCCGCCGGCCGGUGACCGCGGAGCCCUGUCCCGGCAGGUGCGGGCGGCGGCGGGCGGCGAGCGGCUGCCGGUGCUGAAGACACCCAAGGGCACCCGCGACCACCCACCGGCGCAGGCGGCGCUCCGUGAGCGGCUCCUGGGCGCCGUGGUGUCCUGCUUCAAGCGGCACGGGGCGGCCGCCAUCGACACCCCCGUGCUGGAGCUGCGGGAGACGCUGCUGGGGAAGUAUGGGGAGGAAUCGAAGCUCAUCUACGAGCUGCAGGACCAGGGAGGGGAGCUGCUGGCCCUGCGCUACGACCUCACUGUGCCCUUCGCUCGCUACCUGGCCAUGAACAAGAUCACCAAGAUGAAGCGCUACCACGUCGCCAAGGUGUACAGGAGGGACAACCCGGCCACCACCCGGGGCCGCUACCGCGAGUUCUACCAGUGCGACUUUGACAUUGCUGGGCAGUUUGACCCGAUGAUUCCUGAUGCUGAGUGCCUGAAGAUCGUGCACGAGAUCCUGAGUGACCUGCAGCUCGGGGACUUUGUCAUCAAGGUCAAUGACCGUCGGAUUUUGAAUGGUGUGUUUGCUGUCUGUGGUGUUCCAGAGAGCAAGCUCAUAUCUGCCUGCUCCACCGUGGACAAGCUGGACAAGGUGCCCUGGGAAGAGGUGAGGAGUGAGAUGGUGGCAGAGAAGGGGCUCUCUCCCGAGGCUGCGGAUCGCAUCGGGGAGUAUGUCCAGCUCCACGGUGAGCACCACGGGGUCGUGCCCUUGGCCUUGUUCUGGGCUGGGGCUGGAAGGUGCAGGUACGACGGGCUGGUGGGGAUGUUUGAUCCCAAGGGCCGGAAGGUGCCCUGUGUGGGGGUCAGCAUUGGCAUCGAGCGCAUCUUCUCCAUCCUGGAACAGAGACUGGAGGCGUCUGGGGAGAAACUUCGAACAACUGAGACCCAAGUGCUGGUGGCUACACCUCAGAAACACCUGCUUGCUGCUAGAAUGAAGCUAAUCUCCGAGCUGUGGGAUGCAGGGAUCAAGGCAGAGAUGCUGUACAAGAAGGAUCCUAAAUUGCUGAAGCAGCUGCAGUAUUGUGAAGACACAGGGAUCCCCCUUGCUGCCAUUGUGGGAGAGCAGGAGCUGGCAGACGGAGUUGUCAAGCUGCGAGAUGUUGCAACAAGAAAGGAGGUUGAUAUCCCCAGAGAAAAGCUUAUUGAUGAGAUCAGGAGGAGGCUGGAGCCCUGAGGACUCCUCUGGCUGGAGCUGCUUGGCAGAACUGCUGCACAACUGGACCCUCCAGCACCCUCAGCUCCUCACUGCCAGCUGCAGUCUGGUGACAUCCACUGGCCUAAGGCUCAUUGCCUCCACUCAGGCAGUGAGAACUGAGGAGUAAGACAGUUUUUAAAGCUAUGGACGGUACAGUCACCAGGUUAACCUUCUGGUUAGCUUCUCUGAAGGCCAAGUUCAUGGUUUCCUAAUCCUGCAGUCCCUGUACGUACAGCCGUUUCCGUCACUGUAGGUGGUGGUGGCACAGAUGGAUGUGGUGAGGCUCAAGCAGGAUCAGGUGGAGCUCCACACUUGGGAGUGGGAAUCGUGGUGUGUCGGGGAUCUGCCGGCUCAGGGCGAGGGGCAGCGGGAGGGCACCCCCGCCCCUCCUGGGGCUGCGGGGCCGGUCCCGCCCCGCGGGCGGGGGCGGAGCCGCGGGAGCGCCCUGGAGCACGGACGUGUCCCCUCGCCGAGGGACACAGCGAGCCGCCGGGGCGCGCGCGGAAACGCUGUAUUUUUAUAUAUUAAACAAAAGCCGCAAUAACAAACCCA